UUCUGGAUGAAUUCAGAGCUUUCUGUCUCCAAAGAGAGAAACAGUGAUCCUCCACAUUGUUGCUGCAGUUGCUGGGAGCAGCGCACACACCUGUUUGCUCCAACAGAUGGUCUGCAGACUGCUGUUGUUAUGUCCGUGUUUGGAUACGGUGCGGUUGGUGCGCUGCUGUGUCGCUCCUUCUCACCUUUAUCUUACUAUGCAAGCUGACUCAACAGUCUUGUUCAAUAAGAUUUCUGUUGAGCCACUUGGUUGAAAGAACAUUUAUCUUACCUGGCGAGUUGACUGAGAACGCACAUAAACUGUAAUGAAACUCUUUAAUGUGUAUUUGCACCAGUAACACUGUUACAAUUAAAACUAGAAGUGUUACCGUGUCCGUUUGGAUGUCAUAUUGGUGUGGAUGUGAUUAGUUUAAGUCCUCUACAUUUGUGUGCAGGCUAGACUUGUGCUUCUGAGUCAUCUGCCUUACAUUUGCCGCAACAAUGAGUAAUGACUCCCCUUCUCUUACUGACAGGGACCUAAAACUUUGAUGUCCCUACACCCCACCACCACUUGUCCUUUUCCCCUUUCAGCCCAGCCGCACCCUCCUCUUUGCUCGUGCACUCUCUUAAAGGCCAGGCUAGUCUUUCAGCCAGCCUUGGCCCUUUCUCUCUGUUUGACCCCCCUCCACUAGCGUGAGACAAAGAGAGGAUAGUGACUGUGGCACACUGUAGCCAGGUGCUCUUCAUUGCUGCCCCAAGAUGUAAUCGCAGCAGCCCUCACACUGCACCUGCCCUCCCCAUUGUGUGGCUCUGUUGUUCACCUGCCCGCCCCUUGUUGAUUCAGCGGCCACACAGGGAAGGGCCUUUCAGACUCAGAAGGGGACUGUGUGUGCUGGCGCACGUUGAGUACGCGUGCCUCGGGGUAACUGGGUGUUGCAGGCACCCCCCCGCCCCCAUCUCUGUGCCUCAUUGUAAGGCUGCUGCUCUCUGAUUGGUGGAAAAUUAGACAGUCUAAAUGGGCGAACGGCAUUCAUUGUUGGUCCAUCUGUUCCGCCCCUCAUUGUCCAACUUGCCUGCUUCUCCAGUUCUGGUGGACACUCAGACACUGGCUGGAGUUGGAUGCUCUGUGCUUUACCUGCAUCUAAGGCAAACAUUGGCCUCGGAUGUAACUGCUGUGGGAACUUUGGGACUUGUUGUUUCUCAGUUUUCCAGUCUGGUUUUCAAGAAUUUUAAUAUGUGGACAUGAGCUAAUGAUAUCAGAUCUGGUACCAAUGAGUCGAGCUUUGUGAGAGGGCAGCGGUCAGCCCAGUCUGCUGGAUGUCUGUGACAGAUCCAUGGGCCAGAAGGACCAUGUGGAGGCAGGAGCAGGCCACAUCCUCGACCUGGGGCUGGACUUGGAGUAUCUCCACGUAGCGGGGGCUGACCGGCAGGCUGGUGGCGCUGAAGGGCCCCCUGCUAUGGAGGAGCAGGGGGAGAGCUCUGGCAUCAGCAGCACCGCCAGUUCCCCUCCAGCAGCUGUGGUGGAGGACAACACUGGUUCCGACGGACAGCCAAAGGCGGCACCGUCUUCCAGCACCACCCUCACUGCCGGCCCAAACCCCAAUGGAGGAGAGGGAGGGUCAACUCUCAGUAAGAACACGCACCAGCCGCUUUGUCGGACCCAGUGUGUGGACUUAGGCAACGAGGGGCCUCCUGAGCCCCCGUCUGAGCUCUCAUCAGACCUUAAACACAACACUCCUGCCGACUCCCCAGCCAGCUCCCUGUGUAAGCAUCCACCUCCGUCCAUUCCCUCCACACCAGCAUUCGAGGCUGGCGGGAAGGAGUACCAGGCUAAGCUGGAGUUUGCCCUAAAGCUGGGCUACUCGGAGGAGACGGUGCGACUGGUGUUGUCCAAGCUGGGCCCCGACACACUUACCAAUGACAUACUGGGAGAGCUGGUCAAACUGGGCACCAAAGCAGACAGCGAGCACCCAGCUGGAUCAUUAGCCUCUAUCUCAUCCUCUUCAUCCUCCUCUUCGUCUUGUGGUUGCUCCGAAUUGCUGGAUGGCCAGAGGUCAGACUCACCCUGUCCCUCGGACUCUCCGUGUGACCAGGACAACCUGCGGGCGAUCGUGGUGGACGGCAGUAAUGUAGCCAUGAGCCAUGGCAACAAGGAGGUGUUUUCAUGCCAGGGCAUCCAGCUGGCUGUAGAUUGGUUCUUAGAUCGCGGCCAUCAUGACAUCACAGUGUUUGUGCCUGCUUGGAGGAAAGAGCAGUCCCGUCCUGAUGCCCCAAUAACAGAUCAGGAAAUCUUGCGCCGCCUAGAAAAGGAAAAAAUCCUGGUCUUCACUCCGUCACGGCGAGUCCAAGGCCGGCGCGUGGUCUGCUACGAUGACCGCUUCAUUGUCAAGCUGGCUUUCGAGUCAGAUGGCAUCAUUGUCUCCAACGACAACUACAGAGACCUGGCUAACGAGAAGCCUGAGUGGAAGAAGUUCAUUGAUGAGCGGCUGCUCAUGUAUUCCUUUGUUAAUGACAAAUUCAUGCCCCCUGAUGACCCUCUCGGUCGCCACGGCCCCAGCUUAGACAACUUCCUGAGGAAAAGACCUGUCAUGCCUGAGCAGAAGAAACAGCCGUGCCCGUAUGGAAAGAAAUGCACUUACGGCCACAAGUGCAAGUACUACCACCCAGAGAGAAGCGCUCAGCCUCAACGUGCUGUGGCUGAUGAGCUGCGAGCCAGCGCCAAGACCUGCGUCAGCACGAAGAACCAGGGGGACACUGGGCUGGUGAAGAGCCACAGUGUGCCAGCUGGCAGCAUUGAGGCAAAGAAAGGUGCCCCGAAAAGGCAGUCAGACCCCAGCAUCAGAGCUUUGUCAUAUAGCGAUGCUGAAGAGAAGCUACUGGCAAAAGGGAGGGCAGAAAGCCUGAAGAACAGUUUGUGUGGCAGUAGUAGCAGCAGUAACAGCGGGACUACAACCACAUCCCCUGCCCCAGGAGGCCCUCCGUCUGGCCUUAGCCUUCCCCUCGACCAACAGUCCAGAGCAGCCACUCCUCACGGUCUCCUGCCAGCCUCCAGCAGCGAUCUUUACCCUCACUGCGAGUCCCCAGACCUGACCUACUAUUCAGUGACACGCGCAUACUCCAGCCUGAGCCUCUCCUCCAGACGGAGUCCAGACUGUCGCUUCCCUAACGACUCAGACCUGCGGCUAGGCUCAAUGGGCUCAGCGGGAUCUGAAUGUGGCAGUGAAAGCAGCACGAGUUGCAGUAGCAGCUGCGACUCGUACAGCGAGAGGCCAUGUCCCGGAUGCCCCCCGGAGACCUUACCGGAAGACAGCAUCCAUUUUGCUAAUCCCCAUAGCCGCAUGUAUCCUCUUCCUGCCCCAUCCAACCAUGAACUCUGUGGCCUUCAUCCUGCUGAUUACACAACUAUCCAGCACAGCCACACAUCUAAUACUAGCAUGCACAGUUACCACCUGAGUGUAGCACAAGGCCAAAGCUGCACUCAUGAUCAGCCCCCACCAGAGGCUCCUCCAAAGCGCCCUCUCUACCCCUUACCUCCUCAUCUCCAACACCAGCCGCUGGCUACUCGCUCCAGCUGCCCAGGUGACUAUCACUCUCUGCCGCAGUCUGGCCCUCACCCACCUGGCUCUCCUCUCAGCUGCCGCUUGGCUCCCACACGAGCAGAGAGCGUAUCUGACUCACAUCUGUACGAACACCUCUCCACUUCACACCAUCACCACCGACCAAAAGCUUUGCCCAGCUGUGACAGAUACUACAGGCAGCUGCCAAUUCCACCAUCAAGGUACGAGCCGUCUGCCUAUCAGAGCCUGCCAGACACGCGCCAUUCGUCCUGGCAUGCCCCUCCUUGGGUACAGGACAGCUACGCCCAGCACCACUCCUCACACCCAGCUCUCCAGCCUUCUCAAAGUCAUUACCCGAACCACCCACCGCCUCUGGCUCUGUCUUCUCACCCACCUCAUCCACCCGGCACCCCACUCCCACCUUACAGCGCUCACCUGACAGUGCCCUCCCACACUCCUCCCUCCUAUAUGCCACAGCACCCAGAAUCCCCCGUGCACAGCCGCUAUGGGGACAUGAGGGAGAAAGUGUACAUCAACCUGUGCAAUAUCUUCCCCUCAGACCUGGUGAGCCGGGUGAUGGCCAGGAGCCCCCACAUCACAGACCCCCAGCAGCUGGCAGCCGCCAUCCUGGCAGAGAAAGCCCAGGCGGGCUAUUAAGAAAUGAAACCAGAAAAUCCCAUUAGAAAACAAACUAAGUAGUUGGCAUCUGCAGACAAACCUGAGCUUGACACACUUGAAAGCACGUUGGGUUUGCACGGUCAUCUUUAAAUACUGGAAUGCUUUUGUAUUGUCAGCAAGGAGAGCAGUUUCUUUUCUUAUGACACUUAUGCUGAAGAUAAUCCCAAGUCCAUCAUCAGCGACAGCUAGAUCAGUUCAUCUUUAGUAAGUGUGGAGCGAGCGAGUCAUUUGACAAAUCUAUGACGCUGACACCAAGUGCAGGAAAUUGUUCAACGCUGGAUCUUUUUUUUUAAGUAUCUUAUUAAUGUCUUUCACAUAACUGACUUGUUAUGCAUCCAAAUCUAAAGACACUCUUUUGUUUUACAGCCAAAUGACAACCUACUUGGCAUCACAUCAAAUAUAUUUCACUGUCUUUAUGACCUGAUUCUGAUUUUGUGGAUAUAUGCACUGUACUUGCAGAGGGAUGGGAUUUUCUCCUUCCUAACUAUAAAGAAAGUGUGAGUCACAGAUAAUAAGUCAAAGUGAAUUUUAAAUAUUUUCCUGUAGUUUUCUUGAUUUGUUCUAUGACAAAUCACCAUGUGGUUCUCUAAGAUCACAUGACUGUUUCAGACUACUAUUUAACUAAGGUCUGUGUAUUAUAGUAACCUUGUCAUGUGUGUUGUGCAGCCCUUUGUGUUUUUUUUCCCCCCAUGUUGUUAAAAAUUGGCAUCUGAAAGACAGUCGUCUUAUUUGAGAUGACGUCAGUAUUUUGGUCAGAGUUGUAGCUGAAGAGAUGGGUGACCCUGUCGUGUGUACCUUAGUUUUAGUAAGGGACAUCUCUCUUUCUCUCUCUCUCUCUCUCUCUGGCCCUUUAUUUUGGGUCAACUCUGGUUUCUGCUACAGACAGGACAUCUCCACAUCUGUAAACUAAACGUAUGUACUGUAAAUAUAUUUGACAGCUUCCCCUGCUGUGCUUUCGGCUAACGGCGCCUCCUGCUGUCUGUAGCAGAUCCCAGCUGAAUCCAUGCUAGACAGAGAAAAACCUUGUUUGAUACAAAUUGUAUCAUUACCUAAGUCGCUGAUUUUAUACACAGUACUUGGACUCCUUGAUCUGUAUUUAUCAAACACUCUUGAUGUAUUGCUAUAUGAUGAAGUGCAUUGACAACUGUUCUGUUCUGUCUUUUAAACUUAUGGAAAUAGCACUGAAACAAUUACUUUAAAUAUGUAAUGAAACAAAAGGAGUUGUCUGCCUACUGUGU